UCUGCGUUUGCGGCCGACCGUGCGUCAGCGAGCGGCGCCGUCACCCUGGCCUGUCUGAGGCCCGUGAAAACCUUCAACUCAGAGCUUGUGUAGGGUCUCUGUUCGGCGCAGCUAGUGUCCCAAUUUCGAAGAGCUGCCCGUGGAUGUCCGCUGAUUCGGCUCCAUCUUUUGCUGCUGCUGCCGCAACUUGCGGCCUCUACCUGCUGCUACGAUGACACGCCACGCAUUCUGAGCGGGACGGCUUUGCGGAGCGCAACUGCGCGGUCGGUGUCGCCGCACUCGUGGACUGGAAUUCGGCGUCGUUCCGACGGGCCCUGCCAUACACACGCUGCUUUCUGCGCAGUUCUUUCGUCACUCGUUAAAGUGUGGCCGACGUCGAACGGCCCGCCGCGAGCCCUUAUGACAGCCACGGUGCGUUGAAGGGUGCAGCUUGGGGCCGUUUCUCGACCUGCUGCCGGUGGUGCCAUUUGUGCUCCGUGUCCGUGCCAACAAAAAACGUCGUAAUGGGUCAGUUGCUGCAGAAAGUACACGGUUCCAAGGAGCCCAGGGUGUCGUGUUUUCGACGCAAGAAGCUGCUCUGCGAGUUCAACACUUUCUACGACCUUAACAAGGAUGGGGUCAUAACAAUCGACGAUUUCAACCAAGCCAGGCUGCACAUAUGCAGGCUGAACGGCUGGAAAGAGGGGUGUCCGAAGUUCGACAAGACGAAGGAGCUCUUCGAUGAAAUAUGGACGCUGCUUAGGGAGGAUGCCGACUGCGACUCGGACGAAAGGAUCACCUCCGAAGAAUGGAUAAAGCUUUGGGAACGUCGCACAAAGCUAGAAAGCCAGGACGAGGAAGAAGGCGCGCCAAAAUGGCUUGUCACUUACCUCUGGUUCCGCUUCAACAUGUACGAUAGGACAGGCGAUGGUGUAAUAGACAGCGACGAAUUUAGCUACGUACUGGAGGACUUCGGUAUACCCCAAAGGCAGUCCAGGCAAUGUUACCUAAUUAUGACUGAGAACGACACGAGGAAGUUGGAUUACGACUACUUCUGCGAACUUGCCGAGGAGUACCUCACUUCGGAAGACGAGUGUGCACUCGGCAACUUCAUCACAGGAAGGCUCGACUUCCGCCAUUGACUCUAGCUUCGUCUCGGUUCCCCUUCACGCGCUUACAUGCCAUGAAUGUAGCCUUGGUUGCGUAAUGUAUAGCAACCCCGAACAGCGAGGUGCAGCAUUAUUUAUUGUCUGCUCACCAAGCACUCACUUCUUGCACAUUCAGGUGGAACGAUGUAAUUAUCAUCUCAGUGGUAUUCCACGUGAAGUCACAGAAAACCAACAUUUUAUUGUUUUAUACGAAAAUAAAUCCUUCUAAGGGCCUUGCAUGUGUGUCUCAA